GGCACCGCUGGCCCAGGCCAGGGCGCGGCUGGACAUGGACACCUACUGCGACGACCUGGGCCCCUCCUCGGCCCCGCCAGGCCAGGCCCGGGCCACCGCGCACCCGCCGGGCUAUGAGCCAGGGGAUCUGGGCGCGGUGAGCGGGGGCCCGCUCCUGUGGGUGAACGCGCCAGCGCUCAGCCCCAAGUCCUACGCUUCGGGUCCCGGGCCCGCGCCGCCCUACGCGGCCCCGGGCUACGGGGCUCCCGGCCCGCUCCUCGGCGCCCCGGGCGGCCUGGCGGGAGCCGACUUCGCCUGGCUGAGCAUCUCCGGCCAGCAGGAGCUGCUGAGGCUGGUGCGGCCGCCCUAUUCCUACUCGGCGCUCAUCGCCAUGGCCAUCCAGAGCGCGCCGCUGCGGAGGCUGACGCUCAGCCAGAUCUACCAGUACGUGGCUGGCAAUUUCCCUUUCUACAAGCGCAGCAAGGCGGGCUGGCAGAACUCCAUCCGCCACAACCUGUCGCUCAACGACUGCUUCAAGAAGGUGCCCCGCGACGAGGACGACCCAGGUAAAGGCAAUUACUGGACCCUGGACCCCAACUGCGAGAAGAUGUUUGACAACGGGAACUUCCGAAGGAAGAGGAAGAGGAGAGCUGAAGCCAGCGCGGCCGCGCCCUCGGGAGCCAGGAGCGGGGGAGGGGCCGAGGCGCCGGCGCUGGAGCCCCCUAGCGCGGCUUGCCUGGACCUGCAGGCCUCGCCCUCUCCAUCCGCACCCGAGGCCGCCACCUGCUUCUCGGGUUUCGCCUCGGCUAUGAGCGCCCUGGCUGGCGGCCUUGGCACCUUCCCCGGGGGCCUGGCGGGCGACUUUUCUUUCGGGAGGCCGCCGCCGACCGUCACCGCCCACGCUCCCCAGACCCUUAGCGCCUCGCCUGGCUUCGCCCCUGGCCACCAGACCGCGGCCACUGGCUUCCGCGUCAGUCACCUCCUCUACAGCCGGGAAGGGACCGAAGUUUGA